AUGGAUGCGAAAUGCUCCCAGCUCUUGCCUUCCGUGUGCGCCGUCCUGGCCGACCCCGGGCACCCCGUGGUGGACGACACUUGCCUGGAGAAACUGCUGGACUGGUUUAAGGCUCUGGCGAGCCCCGGACCUAGUCUGCUGGUGUUAGAAGAAAACCCAUGUCUGGUCGAGUUGAUCCUUGCAGUGCUCAAACAAGGGGAACCGAAUCCCUUGCUUCUUUCUUUCGUCCUGCGGCUCACGGGGAUCCUUGCGGCUUCUGAAAGCAGUUUCCAGCAUCUGCAGCAACAGGAGGUUGUGUUUGGUGCCUUUGGAGAAGCGGGGCCCCUGGGCAGCGCCCUGUGGGAAGACAUGACCAUUCGGAGUGGCUGGGUGCAGGGAGCCUACAUCAUGCUGCAGCAUUACAGUGCUUUCCAGUUCCUGUGCAACUCAGGAGCUCUAGAUGUGAUUUUUGCUCUUCAAGGAGACCCCAGCCUCUUCAUUGCGGCAGGAGCCAGCCGGCUUCUUGCCCGCAUGCUCAUUUUCUCCGUAGAGUCUGAACCGUCUCGUCUUCUUAGCUCAAAGGACUGCGACUGGCCAGCUUGUGCUCGAAUGAUGGUUGCCCGGGUUGAGGAGGCUCUCAGAUCUGUCUCUCCCUCCCGGGUCGAGCGUUCCCUGAAGCUGUUGAUGAUGUUAUUUGAACACAGCCAGGAUGCCUGGACUGAAAUAUUGUGGUCACGCAUAGCAGAAGCCGUUGGAGCUCUCCUGACAGAGGAGCCAGUCCAAGCGGGACCUUUGCUGGUGGAUUUAUUUCUUAGCAUGGCAAGGUCUCCUGCAUUCAGCUCUCAUGAAUGUAGUCUCUGGAAGCUGGUGGCACUUGCUCUGAAGAACAUCAGUCUGGCUCAGGUCGGCCCCCUGGCACAUGGGCUUUUGAAGCUUGAGGCAUGCCCACAGGCAGUUAAAGCGCAGAGCCUGACUGUUUUGCUCCGGCCAAUGGGCUGCAUCUUGAGGGCCACUUCUCCUCAUGUAGAAUUCCCAGGGUUGCUGGAUGAGGCCUUUUCUGAUGCUUCCUCUGUAGAGUCUCUUCUCUCCACCAGGUCUUUGUGUGCCAGUCUCCUGUGUCAGACUAUGGCUCAUCUUGAGGAGAUCCAGGAAUUGACGUGCUUGGCAGUGGAAUUUCCCCACAAGCCUUUGUUAUGCUCCGUGGUGGCCACACUACAGCUUUGCACCGGCUUGGCUGUGCCACCCUCCUCCUCUGGAUCUACAGUAGGGAACACCUUGAUCGGCUGCUUUCGAGUUCAGAGGGCAGCCCUUGGCCUCCUUGGAGCACUCUCGCGAUGGGCUGCUUCAGUUUGCGGUAAAGAAACGCUACAAGUCUUUGACAUUCUUCUGGCAUCCUUGCGGAGUCCGGAUAGUAGUCCAGUGAUUCUGAAGAAAGCCCUUCAAGGAACGCUAAAGUGGCUUCUGAGUGCCUUGGAACCAUCCGUCUCCCUUGCCGAUGUCCCACAUCACAGACAGUUUCUCAGAGAUACGGUGCAGGUGUUACAGAAACACAUGUGUAGUCCAAGCUGGGAAGUCCGUGACUCUUCCCUGGAGUUUCUCAGCCUGGCAAUGAAGCAUUUGAGAGGGCAAGAUUGGUUUUGGCAAGAGCUGCUCUCUUCAGAGGUGCCCAAGCUCCUAGAAGGCCUUCUGGAUGAUGCUGACAGCUACGUACGUGCCAGCGCUGUGAAGACCUUGGGGUGCUUCUCCCUUGUUGCCUGCACCGUUGGCUCAGAAAUACCUGUUUCCAAAAGCAAUGGGAGUACUAAAGAGGUCUGCGUUGCUGCUCGCUUGCUGGGAAUCUUGUCUUUGGACUCCGAAGGCUUUCCUCGCAGGGCUGUCAUCAGCGUCUUCGUCGACUGGCUGAAGGAAGGACACCCCGAGGUCUCGGCUGCCCCUGAGGAGUUUGUUUCCCAAGUCCUUCAAGCUGUGGAUGGAGACUUGGACUGGGAAGUAAAAAUCGGUGCUCUGGAACUGGUGGGCAUUUUUGUCGCCCAGACAUUUGCCCAGUCUGGGCUCAGGGAGGGCUCCGCUUCUGCCGGCCCCUUUUGUGCCAGGCCGCCUGUCCCUCUGCCUGACCUGCUGCAGACAUUCCGCCAAAUGAAAAUGUUUGCGUUCCUCUUCAGAGCCCUUCAGGACUGCGACAGGCCAGUGGCACUCAAAGCCUGCGAGGUCCUUCUGGCUCUGAAAUCAAACCUUUGCAAAGACAAGCGCCCGGAGCAGCAGAAAUCGUCACCGAUGAGAGAGGCUGCCUGGCUCAAGGAGGUGCCAGCUGGGGCCCCAUCUUCUCUUUUGAGCCUUCCUGUUGGGGAGGCUGCUGAAGGGGCUUCCCAAGAUCCAGAAAGGCUGCAUCUGCUGCUAGAAUCGAUGGACCUGGAGGGUUUGCAAACAGCUCUGGAUGUCAGCAGCGACCACUUGCAGCAGAGUCCCCAGUCCCUCUUGCAGGAUAUCCUGUCUGCUGCUGGGAACACCGAGGAGAACAAAGUGGACUGCUAUUGAGAAGGCGGGCCGGAGCCUGCCAGCCAGCUUGGGAAAGUGGCGCCUUUCAGAACUGAAUUGCUGCAAGCAAGCGCCCUCCCCAGAUACCUGCAGAAAGCGGGCCUGCUGGAGCGGAUUGAUCCUAAAAUCCGCCUGCAGCAAACUGUUGGGAAGAGCAAACUCUCGCAGAGCUAACCGACUCUUUACACCGAAAGGCAAAACCCACGCAAGCUCAUGGUGGAUGCGUAACGACUGAGGAUCAGCCUAGGAGAAUCCCCCAAAUGAAUCCGUGUCAUACAGAGCCGUCCUGUAAAGUCGAGAAUUGCUCUGAUGAAGAGAAUAUGACAAACAGAUGAAAUCUGAGGAGGUGGAUCCUGCUAGAGUCUCGUGGUACUCGCUGUUUUCUCUUUGAGCGAGCAGCCUGAUACUGAGGCAGACCCAAAUAGCGCUUGACUGGAUUUUGUUCUUGGGCAACGAGCUACAGACUGUGGUGUAGGGGAAAACCAGGCUUGCUGCUCGCGUGCAUGUCUCGU